GUCCAGCCCGUCCCCGAUCAGACAAUGCCCCGAAGCCGCCAGCCCGCCGCGCCCCCACCCCUCUGCUCCCAGUGAACCUUCGGGGGACCCUCACCCCAAUUCUAGGCCACAGCCCUCCCGACGCCUACAGACUUGAAUUCCCCUCCCCCUCACUCCCUGCACUUGGUGGGGGGGAGGGGACCCCCAAACCUUGUCGGAAGGGAGAAGGGGCGGGGUGAGGCAGCCAGCGGUGAAGUUAAAAACGAUUAAAGAGCGAGACAGCAAGAGUGUGUAGUGGGGAUGGGGACCCCAGGGGAGGGGCUGGGCCGAUGUUCCCAUGCUCUGAUCCGGGGGGUCCCAGGAAGUCUGGGUAGAGAGGGGGAAGGAGUGGCGGUUGAUCUCCCACCCCUGGACCUGGCGAAGGCGCAGCGAGAGCACGGGGUGCUGGGAGGGAAACUGAGGCAGCGCCUGGGACUUCAGCUAUUGGAAUUGCCCCCCGAGGAGCAACUGCCUUUUGGACCCCUGCUAGGAGACAUAGCUGUGGUGCACGGGGAUACAGCCCUCAUCACUAGACCUUGGAGUCCUGCCAGGCGGCCAGAAGUUGAUGGGGUCAGAAAAGCCCUACAGGAUCUGGGGCUUCGGAUUGUGGAGAUCAAAGACGAGAAUGCCACACUGGAUGGGACAGAUGUGCUAUUCACAGGCCGUGAAUUUUUUGUGGGCCUCUCUAAGUGGACCAAUCACCGAGGAGCUGAAAUUGUUGCCGACACAUUUCGAGACUUUGCAGUCUCCACAGUACCGGUUUCAGGCCCCUCCCAUUUGCGGGGGUUCUGCGGAAUGGGGGGGCCCCGCACUGUGGUCGCUGGCAGUAGCGAAGCAGCCCAGAAAGCUGUGAGGGCAAUGGCAGCGCUGACCGAUCACCCCUAUGCCUCACUGACUCUCCCAGAUGACGCUGCAGCGGAUUGCUUGUUUCUGCGGACUGGCCUCCCUGGGGCUUCCCCUUUCUUGCUGCACCGUGGGAGUGGAGAUUUGCCCAACAGCCAGGAGGUGCUGCAGAAACUACCUGAUGUAACUCUCGUACCUGUGUCUUGCUCGGAGCUAGAGAAGGCUGGGGCAGGGCUCAGCUCCCUUUGCCUCGUCCUCAGCACCCGCCCCCACAGCUAAGAGACCCCCAAAUGCGGGAACAGGAAAAUGGAGAGAAUAGAAAGAGGAGGGUUAGCUUACUCAUAGGAUGAUGCAUAGAAGCUAGGUGGGAGGUAGGAGCAAGGGUUUGGGGUAGGGCAGAGGGAAAAGGGAAGGCGCUGGUCCUCUCCCCGAGAAUAAAAUGGAACUAACCUUUUAGACUUCA